GAGAGGUGCACGCAUGUUGGGCCAGAGGUAUUAACACGGUUUUAGUACAUUAUUAUUAAUUUUUGUGCCUUCUCUUUGACUUACUUUGUAAUUCUCAAACUACUGACACGCUGUAUGGCGGUUUCAAGGCUCAACUGGGAACGGUUAGUUCGACGAGUUUGAUGAAAACGAGGUCGGGAUCAGACUACCGUUAGCCCCUCCUGGCGGAUUUUUUUUCGUUAUUUUUUUUCUAGCUAAAGCCAACAAAGCAAAGCAGAUAACGAUGUCGUUGACUGCAUCGUCUGAUUAUUUCGCUGCCGAGUGUCUGGUAUCGAUAUCUAGCGGUCCUGUCCUGCAUAGACCCACCCCGGUCGUCCCCGCCAGCCAGCCGGCCAUGGUGGGCCUGCUCCCUGGGGAGCCCGACGGGUCGAGAGAGGAUAGGGAAGUGCGGGAGACUCUGGGGCUGGAGGGGGCGAACAUGUUGGCGGUGGCCGGUAUCCUCACCGACCUGCACGGUAAGUUCCGCCCCAUGUCGGCCUACUCGGAGAACAGUAACUCAUCAUGUGGAGAGAGCGGUUACACCACGUUGUCCGACCCAACCACUCCUACCAUGACACCCUCCGCCACCCCGGUCCCCGGACAGCAGCAGCAGCUGAGGGGGGGAGGAGGAGGAGGAGGCGUGGGGGCCCCGCGGUCCCCGGUGAAGCGACAUCAGUGCACUUUUGACGGAUGCGACAGAGUUUACGGGAAAUCGUCCCACCUGAAGGCACACAUCCGGACACACACAGGUGAGAGACCAUUCCCAUGCACCUGGCCUGACUGCGAGAAGAAGUUUGCCCGCUCCGAUGAGCUUGCACGCCACACCCGCACCCACACAGGAGAAAAACGCUUCCUGUGCCCACUGUGCGACAAGCGCUUCAUGCGCAGCGACCACCUGAUCAAGCACGCCCGCCGUCAUCCUGACUUCCAGCCCUCCAUGUUGGGACGCAACAAGGGCACAUCCUCUGCUUCCAGCCCAGCUGUGCACCAUUAGGAUGGUUUGGGAUGGGGGUUUCCUGUGUACUGGGGUCAGCAGAGCACAGAAGAUGUCAGUGGUUUCAAGUUAACCAGCUACAAUCAGAUCCACUGAUUAGGAUUGAGCAUUGUUAUGUUGUACUGUAAAUGUGCACAUACACAAGCGAACACACACAGAGCUGGAUGUGAGAGGGAAGUAGCCUCAUCUCUCCAUCCACACAGAUGAGUCAUGUGACCACUAUCCACCUACUCAACAUAACUAGGGUUGGGUAUUGAGAACGUUUCAAAUCUAUAAGAACUGAGGAUUUGUUAACAAAUGUGCUUUUCGAUUCCACUUAUCGUUUCCUGAAAGCAGAGUCUGGACUUACUGCACUUCCAUUUACAUUGCAAGUUACACGUGUAUCAAAGCACGUGUAUGUUGUUUACAAUGUGGCAGACUGGGGCUAGGUUUCAAAAGUGAAACUACGCUUCACAAAAGACUAAUAAUACAAUGAAAUGUAAUCACUGUAUGAAAAUAAAUAUAUGUGAGGGAGGAAAGUCAUUCUAAUAUGACGACAUGAUGUAAGAAUGCAGAGCAUUUUAAUAUCCUGUGUGAUAACAUAUUGAAAUUCAAUGGUGAAACGUUUUAUAGAUUAAAUAACCAGAUGGGAAUGUCAGUUUUUGGUUUGUCCUCUGAAUUAAAUGCUGGACAAAUCAAGGUGCCUAUCAGACUGAUGCAAAAAUUCUGAAAAGCCAUUUAUUAAUGCUUCAGAAAGUAAAAACUACUUUAAAACCAAUUCAAGUUUGCAUGGCAAACAGAGAAUAUAUAUUUGUCUUUCUUUUAACCAAAAAAAAAAAAAAAAGUUUAUCAGUCAAAACCUUGUAAAAAUAAAUGUGGUUUUUGCUUUCCACAUAUUCUGGUUUUCUUUCUUAAUCAGGGUUCGAUAAGAAUCGGAAUCAUGAAGCAGAUUUUAUUCGGUAAAAUAAACCCAACCCUAAACAUAACCUCAUUUUCUCAAACUGAAACACUUUCACAAAUUGCAGGGAUUUUUCACGUUUUCUGUACAAAUCUGCACAUUCAUCAUCGGCCAAAACUCCUCUGUUUUCUUGUGGUUAAUUUGCUGAUUAUUGUUGUACUCUUCAGUACCAUUUAUUUACCAUGAGUAGCACAAUAUUGUGAUGUUAGGUAGCGAAGCAGUGACUAGAAGCUUUUUAGCUUUUUUUGUUUGUUUGUUUUUAGCUUUGCCAGUCCAUAUUCAAAGUUUUAGUGGUGACACAU